CGUAUUUUCUUCUGCGACAACAUAAACAUUAGUUUACAGAGGAGAAUGUGGAGGAAAGAGCUGCUCUCGCUUUCCUUUGCGUUUAAGCCAGCUAUAUUGUGAGUUUAAGUGUUUAGACAAGACACCCAUUCACAGCCGUAGACUGACCGCAUGAAACAAGCCGCAGUGCAGUUUUAAAGGCGCACGCAAGACACAACAAUAUGAUGGAGGAUUUCUCUGGUUUGGCUCUGCCUCCUCUGUUUGGAGGACACAUCCUCGAGGCAGAGCUGGAACCGGGAGGUGUGGAGCUGGGACCUGGAGAGGUGGAACUUGGCCCAGGAAGCAAUGAGCUGCUUGAAAACACAGUGCAAGAAGAUGGAGAGAGAAGAGCUCUUGAUAAACAGAAAUAUCUUGCACUCAGCAGGAGAUGUAAAGAAAUUGAACUGGUAAAUCAGAAAAUGCUGGGCCGCCUUCACCAGGUACAAAGAAUUACAAGGCGCUUGAAAAAAGAAAGAAGGUUUCUAAUGAAGACUUUAGAUGUUCAUGGGGAUGAUUACAGAAAUGCCCAGCUCACUAUAUUUAUUGAGGAUGAGCCUGGAACACAUUUAGAUCCUGUUACUGGAGUGGAGGAUGACCGUCUCAAUGGACUGUCUGGUUCCACGUCGUCUGCAGCAAUGAAUAAUGCUGCUGGACCAAAGAAAAGAAGGCUACGCAUUCCUAAAUCAGAGAAGGAUAAAGACCCACAGACUGAACCUGACUUGUCAGUGUUGGCAGACGCACAGUUUGGAGAAAUGCCCAGCCCAACCUCUCUGUCUCACUGAUCAUUGCACUACCCUGGAUCUGAUGAUGAAACAGGAGCACUCAGUUUCGUUAAUUGUUUAGCAGAUACUGUGCUUUAACAUUAUGAACAGAUAUGUUGAUCUAAAUCAAAAUUGAAAUGUAAGUUACCUGGUACAUCUAUACAGUACAUACAUAUAUUGUGUACAUAUUAAAUCUGCUUUCAUGUUUUGUACAGAGAUUUUUUUACACAAUUAUGUCCAUUGUCAGUUUGUGUCAACCCCCACACAAUUAGACAUUACAUUAAAUAAUACAUUCCUGGAUAUUGUCAACAAUUUCAUGGAUCAUGAUUCCGUGUGAGGAAGCAAAGUUAUGAGUGUUAAAAUUUGAUUCAUUGGAUCUGUUGUAUGAUGCAUAUAUUUUCUUGUGUUUUUUCUUUAAUUUAAACUCAAAGAUUUCUGAAGUGUUUGGAAAUGGUUAGUGUGGGUAUAAUAUUAUGUUUCUUGAUGUCUACCAGAACUAUACAGAUACUUCCCCAUGUAUUUUUUUCUACAGUGCUUCAAUUAUACAUCAAAACUAUUUCAAUUUCAGGUGUAAAUAAAAGAAAUUGUUUCUUUAAUUUGACAAAA